AUAAUUAUCACGUCUCUGCUAUCUUGUAUAUAUACCAGAAUAUACCAUCUCAAUGAUAGUUAAGGUCAACUUGAAGAUACUUUAAUUUAAUAAACAAAUAGGUUUUUCAAUCUUGUACUCAAUGAAAACCCCUUAACGUCUUCUUUAAAGCUAAUAAUCUUGUUAUACUAUAAAGGACUCUAUAUAAGUAAUGUACCCAUCACAAUAAAAACAUAUAAGGUGAUUGGAAAAAGAUUAAAUAUGGCAACAUUUAAAGUUUUGCAGUUGUCUCUUCCAUUAGGAUUUCUCUUGUUCUUAAGUUCUGUUUUCAUCACAGUACCUGGUGUCAUUGCUUGGAGCAAAGAGGGUCAUGAGAUGACAUGUCAAAUUGCACAGGCACUUUUAAAGCCUGAGGCAUCAGAAGCAGUUCAGCAGUUGCUACCUCCCUAUGUGAAUGGUAACUUAUCAGCUCUAUGUGUAUGGCCUGAUCAAAUUAGGCACUGGUACAAAUAUAGAUGGACAAGUCCACUUCAUUUCAUUGACACACCAGAUGAUAAAUGUGGUUUUCAAUAUUCAAGGGACUGCCAUGAGGAUAUGUGUGUUGCAGGAGCUAUUAAAAAUUUUACUUCUCAACUUUCUCAUUACAAAGAAGGAACAUCUGAUCGUAGAUAUAAUAUGACUGAGGCAUUAUUGUUCUUGGCGCACUUCACAGGUGAUAUUCACCAGCCAAUGCACGUUGGAUUCACCUCAGAUAAAGGUGGAAACUCAAUAGAUCUACGCUGGUAUAGGCACAAAUCUAAUCUGCAUCAUGUGUGGGACAGAGAAAUUAUUCUCACAUCAUUAUCAGAUUACUAUGACAAAGAUGUGACACUCCUUCUCCAAGACAUUGAGAAGAACUAUACCAAUGGAAUCUGGUCAGAUGAUGUGGCUUCUUGGGAAAAUUGCAAUGAUAUAUCUCGUUGUGUAAACAAUUGGGCAAAAGAGAGCAUACAAAUAGCUUGCAAAUGGGGUUAUCAAGGAGUUGAAUCUGGAAUGACAUUGGCAGAAGAGUACUUCGAUUCAAGGAUGCCAUAUGUGAUGAAACGAAUUGCUCAGGGCGGAAUUCGUUUAGCCAUGAUUCUGAAUCAAGUAUUUGGAGACUCAGAUGAAGGAUUUGUAGCUCCAACUUAAGCAGACCCAUCAACAUGUACAGUGACCACAAAACUAGUUGUUCAAAUUUGUUAAUAACCAUUGACAAUAGAGUACAACCCCAUUUAUCUCUAAACUAAUGAUUUAUUAAUGCAUGUUUGAUUUCUUUUGUUGCUCAACCACCUAAUGUUAAUAUUAGUUGUAUUUAUAACUUUGACCAACUUAAUUUUUCUUGUAAGUAAUUACUUUCUUAUAUUAAGUGAUCCAUUUGGAAUAUU